AUAUGAUGACCUAGGGCUUGUUUUAGCAGCCGACGGAGAAAAGUUGAUUUGCAGGCAGCUAAACUAAACUAAACUAACAAUGGUGGACAAGGCCGGAAAAGGAAGAAAGGAGGAGGUCGUUACCAGGGAGUACUCCAUCAAUCUCCACAAGCGCUUGCAUGGAUGCACCUUUAAAAAGAAGGCCCCAAACGCCAUAAAGGAAAUCAGGAAGUUUGCUCAAAAGGCCAUGGCUACUACUGAUGUCAGAGUGGAUGUUAAACUCAACAAGCACAUUUGGAGCCGUGGGAUUCGAAGUGUGCCAAGAAGGGUUCGCGUCCGAAUUGCACGAAAGAGAAACGAUGAAGAAGAUGCCAAGGAAGAGUUCUACUCCCUGGUUACUGUUACAGAGGUUCCGCCAGAGGGAUUGAAGGGUUUGGGUACCAAGGUGGUUGACGAAGAAGACUGAACUAGUUUAAAUAAAUCCCUUUGUUCUAGUUAGGUACUUACCGUUUUGGCUGUAGUUCUAUUUACUUAAUGAUAUUUAGUCCAAUUUUUGACUA